CGCAGCGACGGCAGCGGCGGCGGCGGUUGCGAUUCGGAACCGUUGGGACGCCUCUGCGGCAGCUGGUGGCGCAGGUGGCUUGCGUGGACGCGGGCAGAGGCGGCCGGCCCGCCACUGCAGCCUCCGCGCCCGCGGCCCCGGCAGGCGCGUCGGGACGCCCCGCGGCAUCCUCCUCCGCCCGCCGGCCGGGGAGCCUGCGCUCCCGCCGCAUCCCUCAGCCGCCGGCCGCGCCGCCGCUCCUCCUCCUCCUGCUCCUGGGCUGUAGACCCCCGGCCUCGCCCCCGAAACAUGACUCGCGAUUUCAAACCUGGAGACCUCAUCUUCGCCAAGAUGAAAGGUUAUCCUCAUUGGCCAGCUCGGGUAGAUGAGGUUCCUGAUGGAGCUGUUAAGCCACCUACCAACAAACUACCCAUUUUCUUUUUUGGAACUCAUGAGACUGCUUUUUUAGGACCAAAGGAUAUUUUUCCUUACUCAGAAAAUAAGGAAAAGUACGGCAAACCAAAUAAACGAAAAGGUUUUAAUGAAGGUUUAUGGGAGAUUGAUAACAAUCCGAAAGUGAAAUUUUCAAGUCAACAGGCAUCAACUAAACAAUCAAAUGCCUCAUCUGAUGUUGAAGCUGAAGAAAAAGAAACUAGUGUUUCAAAGGAAGAUACUGAUCAUGAAGAAAAAGCCAGCAAUGAGGAUGUGUCUAAAGCAACUGACAUCACCACUCCAAAAGCUGCUAGAAGAGGGAGAAAGAGAAAGGCAGAAAAACAAGUAGAAACUGAGGAGGCAGGAGUAGUGACAACAGCAACAACAGCAUCUGUUAAUCUAAAAGUGAGUCCUAAAAGAGGACGGCCUGCAGCUACAGAAGUCAAGAUUCCAAAACCAAGAGGCAGACCUAAAAUGGUAAAACAGCCCUGUCCUUCAGAGAGUGACAUGGUUACUGAGGAAGACAAAAAUAAGAAAAAGGGGCAAGAAGAAAAACCACCUAAAAAGCAGCUUAAAAAGGAUGAGGAGGGCCAGAAGGAAGAUGAUAAGCCAAGAAAGGAACUAGACAAAAAAGACGGGAAGAAAGAAGCUGAAUCAAAAAGGAAAAAUUUAGCUAAACCAGGGGUUACGUCAACCUCUGAUUCUGAAGAAGAAGGAGACGAUCAAGAAGGCGAAAAGAAGAGAAAAGGUGGAAGAAACUUUCAGACUGCGCACAGAAGGAAUAUGCUCAAAGGCCAACAUGAGAAAGAAGCAGCAGAUAGAAAACGCAAGCAAGAGGAACAAAUGGAAACUGAGCAGCAGAAUAAAGAUGAAGGAAAGAAGCCAGAAGUUAAGAAAGUGGAGAAGAAGCGAGAAACAUCAAUGGAUUCUCGGCUUCAAAGGAUACAUGCUGAAAUUAAAAAUUCACUCAAAAUUGAUAAUCUUGAUGUGAACAGAUGCAUUGAGGCCUUGGAUGAACUGGCUUCACUGCAGGUCACAAUGCAACAAGCUCAGAAACACACAGAGAUGAUUACAACGCUGAAAAAAAUACGGCGAUUCAAAGUUAGCCAAGUUAUCAUGGAAAAGUCUACAAUGUUGUAUAACAAGUUUAAGAACAUGUUUUUGGUUGGUGAAGGGGAUUCCGUGAUCACCCAAGUGCUGAAUAAAUCUCUUGCUGAACAAAGACAGCAUGAGGAAGCAAAUAAAACCAAAGAUCAAGGAAAGAAAGGGCCAAACAAAAAGCUAGAAAAGGAACAAACAGGUUCAAAGACUGUAAAUGGAGGAUCUGAGGCGCAAGAUAGCAAUCAGCCGCAACACAAUGGCGACAGCACUGAGGAAAGCAAAGACAGUCAUGAGGCCAGCAGCAAGAAAAAGCCAUGCAGUGAAGAGAGAGAGACUGAAAUAUCGCUGACGGAUUCUACGCUAGAUAACUAGGGUGACAUACCUGGAGUUUAAAGUUAACAUUUGAAGAAGUUUGUAAUGGUUUUCAUUUGAAAUAUUUAGACUGCUCAAAGUUUUAAAUUUUUAUAAGCAUAGGUUUUGAUGUUUAAAACUUGUUUUGAGGGAGAAAAUGCCUUUGUUUAAAAGUAAUUAAACUUAUCACUAAUUGUUCUUGUGCAGUAUUAACAGCUCCAUUAAACAGUAAACGUGGGGAGAAAGUCCAUUUAGAAAAUGUUAAAACUGCUUUUCCAGAAAUGGUUGUAGCAUAUUUUCAAUUAGUGUGUGUAUGUUAAUGUGUAAUUGGUAGAACAAAGUUACAUUUUUAAAAAUGCUACCUGUAUAAACCUUUCCUCUUCUCCCAAAUACCGUGGGUUUUGUGCAUAGUUUAUUACAAAUCUUGGAUCUCACUGUUUGUGGGUUUUGUAGAAGUUGAGCAUUUUUACGGUAGAGAAAAUGUUACUUCUAUGUAAGUACUCACUCCCUCCUGUCACCAAAAGUUAAUUUUAAUAUCACAGUCUCUACAUUGUGGUACAUUAUCCUGCUUCUUUGUAACAAUCUGUAGUCUCUAUGCCUUUUUGUAUGACAGCUAGAUACCCAACUGAUGUUUAAUUGGCAAUUCUAGGAGGUACAGAACAAACUUAAUUUUUGGAAAUAGUUUUUUUUUGCUGGGAGUUCAGUGAAGUCACCUGACUUACCUAAAGCGAACACGCUGGGUGUAUUAUAAAUCUGGCUUUAGAGUUCAACCAUCUAAGAUCCUUUACAGGCAUUAGUAACACUGAAAACUAUAUACAUUUAUUUUUGAGAAGUGUCUCAAGUUUCUAAAUAUUUUUAAAAGUCACACAUUAAGAAAGCCGUUAUAUUUUUUAAUUGGAAAAAAAAUCAAUCCAUGAUGCUUAUGCGGAAAAUAUAAAUGCUAUACAAGUGAACUAACCUAUUUGAUAACAAGGCCAUAUUAGAAAGUAGUUUGUAUUUCCAUUUCUGUUUCAUACAUGUAACAGGAUUACAUAAAGUAGAGACUAAAUCAGAGUGUACCAAUGUUAUCACAGAUUAUAAGUGUAAUAACAAAGGAUAGUGUUUCUAAGAUAUUUUGAAUAUUAGGGCAAUUGUUGGUUUUCAAUAGGUAGAAGGAUACUUAUGUUUUGACACUAUAUGAUAUCGGAAAAGGACUUUAAAACCAGUGUUUGUGUGCAACAUGCAUUGUAUGUUCUGACUUUUCAUCUACAGGUUAACAUUUGAACAUUACUUCAGUAAUUGGACUUGUGCAGUUCAGAGGUCUUAGAAGGGAAGCUAGGACCCAAUGUUUGGAGGGAACUCUGCUGUUACAUUAUAUAUACCUGUUUCGGUCCAUAAUUCAGUUUUAACUUGGACAAAUUUAUUCUAGUCAAGCCAUAAGUGUCAACGUGUAAACUUGUUUUGAUUAAAGAAUUUUUCUAUCAAACUACUAGUAAACUACUUCUUUGCCAUUUUCCAAGAAGGUGUGGAAUCUUGGAUUUGCUGCUAAGGAAACAGUUUCUUAGUUAACUGGUCAUAGAGAUUAAUCAACCCUGUAUCACCAAACAAUUCAAACAGUAAACUCAAACUGGUAAAAAUAAAGGAAAUGUUAUUUA